AUGCAGCGAAAAUCCCCCCGUCUAGCCAUCCUGAUUUCUCUGGUCUCUCUUCUGCUGUGCUCGUCGGCGUCGGCACAGCACACGCUGGGCGCCGGCUCCUCCCUGUCCGUGGAAGACCACGCGCGGCCGUUCCUGGUGUCCCCAACGCCACCUUCUCCUGCGGCUUCCUGGAGGCCGGCAGCAACGCCUUCUCCUUCUCCGUCUGGGGAUCCAGGAUCUCGUUCCGUCGCGACGGGGCCUAGCCCUCUCCGGCGCCAACGGGACGACGGUGUGGGAGAGCAAGACGAGCGGCUCGGGUCUCUAUCUCUCCUCCUCGACUCCGGAAACCUCGUCAUCUCGGACCUGUCGAGCCGCCGCACCCUGUGGCAAAGCUUCGACCGGCCGACGGACACGCUGGUCCCGUCGCAGCAGCUUACCAAGGACACCACGCUGGUGGCCAGGUACUUCUACCUCUACUACGACAACGACAACGUGCUGCGGCUCCGCUACGACAGCCCCAACAUGUCGAGCAUCUACUGGCCGAACCCGGAUUACGGCGUGUUCCCCAACGGCCGGACGCUCUACAACAGCUCGAGGAUCGCUGUCCUCGACGACACCGGCGUCUUCCUGUCUAGCGACAACCUGCGAGUCGUCGCCUCCGACCUGGGCCGCCCGGAGUCAAGAGACGGCUGA